AUGCAGGCUCGUUCCAAGAACCACGUCUUCAAGCCCAAGACGCUCUCCAAUGGUCUCAUCUGCUAUCCUCUUCCUAAAGCACUCAUUGCCACCACAGGUUCAGCAGAUGUAGAACCAACCUCCUACUCUACAACUUCCAAGCACCCAGCUUGGCGUAAUGCCAUGAAUCUUGAGUUUGAUGCCCUUCUCCGCAACGGCACUUGGACUCUCAUUCCUCCCACCUCUGACAUGAACAUUGUUGGCUGCAAAUGGGUGUUCCGCCUCAAACGCAAAGCUGAUGGCUCCAUUGAUCGUCAUAAGGCCCGUCUUGUAGACAAAGGAUUCCACCAACAACCCGGUGUCGACUUUGAAGAAACUUUCAGUCCCGUUGUCAAGCCUACUACCAUUUGCCUAGCUCUCUCCCUUGCAACUUCUGCCGACUGGCCCAUCCGCUAG